AAACAUUGAACUCAUAUAUGAACUUUGUUUCUCCAUAAAGUUGCCUGCUGUAUAUUCUGAAAUAUUAAAAAAAUUUAUCUGAAAAUUGUAAUACACAAAUACGCAUAAAGUCUCAAGCAAAAUGAACGAUAAUACCAAUCUUGGUGAGCAGCGUGAACGCAUUGAUAAUGCACUAAUUAAUGCCAUCGAUGACAUGGAUCGAGAGCAUCUGCGCAAAUUGCAGCUAAAGAUGCACGGUUGUGCCAAACGCUGUUGUGCCGACAUAGACGCCAGUGCAGAUGCCGUGCAACGUUGCGUGGAUCGUUGCCAGUUGCCGCUGACGCGUGCACGUUGCUAUGUGCAACAAGAGUUAGCCGAAUUCGAGUCGCAGCUGGAUCAUUGCAUGCGCCAGUGUGAAGUGCUGGCCAAUGAAGAUUCUGGCCGUCAAUCUGAUCGCUGCUCAUUGGACUGUGUCGAUAAGUAUGUGGCGUUAUUGCCGGAAUUAUUGAGCGCUAUGCGGGUUACUCUAGAGAAGGGCUUAUAACACAGUCAUAUACACACACACACAUACUAUACAUAUAAUUAAAAAAUUAAUUAAAAAUGUCGCACUUAAAUCAGUGCCAGACUCGGCCAGCUCCGGUUGUCGGCUUGGCGUAUAAAUAGCAGUGUCUGUAACUAGUAAACAGUCAGUAAAAAGCAAACCUUUAAAAC